AAUGGGCGAGGGCGACGGUUAAGACGGUUGAGUUUUGAAGGAGCCAAUGAUUGCUCGCAGCGGAGAGUUUAAGAAUAACAGCCCGGCGUGCCUUUAGCUGGUCGGGGAAAGAAGGCGUUCGGCAGACUCACGCACCAACUGCACUGUCAUGGCGCAGUUCGUGUUCGAGAGCGACUUGCACUCUCUCCUUAAACUGGACGCGCCCAUCCCCAAUGCACCCGUUGCGCGCUGGCAGCGCAAAGCGAAGGAAGCCACCGGCCCAGCUCCCUCGCCCAUGCGGGCCGCCAACAGAUCUCACAGCGCCGGCCGGACCCCGGGCCGAACUCCUGACUGUCUUCUCUCUCUCUCCCCCUGCCCCAGGCAAAUCUAAUUCCAAGGUUCAGAGCACCCCUAGCAAACCUGGAGGUGACCGCUAUAUCCCCCAUCGCAGUGCUUCUCAAAUGGAGGUGGCCAGCUUCCUCUUGAGCAAGGAGAACCAGCCAGAAGACGGGGAGACGCCCACCAAGAAGGAGCAUCAGAAAGCCUGGGCUCUGAACCUGAACGGUUUCGAUGUAGAGGAAGCCAAGAUCCUCAGGCUCAGUGGAAAACCUCAGAAUGCCCCAGAAGGCUACCAGAACAGACUGAAAGUGCUCUACAGCCAGAAAGCCACGCCUGGGUCCAGCCGGAAGACUUGCAGAUAUAUUCCUUCGCUACCAGACAGGAUACUUGAUGCCCCUGAAAUCCGAAAUGACUACUACUUGAACCUUGUUGAUUGGAGCUCUGGAAAUGUACUGGCUGUGGCACUGGACAACAGUGUGUACUUAUGGAAUGCUGGUUCUGGUGACAUCCUGCAGCUGUUGCAAAUGGAGCAGCCUGGGGACUACAUAUCCUCUGUGGCCUGGAUCAAAGAGGGCAACUACCUGGCUGUGGGCACCAGUAACGCUGAAGUGCAGCUCUGGGAUGUGCAGCAGCAGAAACGGCUUCGGAACAUGGCCAGUCACUCGGCUCGAGUAAGCUCUCUAAGUUGGAACAGCUAUAUUCUGUCCAGUGGUUCACGUUCUGGCCACAUUCACCACCAUGAUGUUCGGGUAGCAGAACACCAUGUAGCCACACUGAGUGGCCAUAGCCAGGAAGUAUGUGGGUUGCGCUGGGCCCCAGAUGGACGGCAUCUGGCAAGCGGUGGCAAUGAUAACGUGGUCAAUGUGUGGCCCAGUGGUCCUGGAGAAAGUGGCUGGGCUCCCCUGCAAACAUUCACUCAACAUCAAGGUGCUGUCAAGGCUGUUGCAUGGUGUCCCUGGCAGUCCAAUAUUCUGGCAACAGGAGGAGGCACCAGUGACCGACACAUCCGAAUUUGGAACGUCUGCUCUGGGGCCUGUCUGAGUGCUGUGGAUGCCCAUUCCCAGGUGUGUUCCAUCCUCUGGUCUCCCCACUAUAAGGAGCUUAUCUCAGGCCAUGGCUUUGCCCAGAACCAGCUGGUUAUUUGGAAGUACCCAACCAUGGCCAAGGUGGCUGAGCUCAAAGGUCACACAGCCCGAGUCCUGAGUCUUACCAUGAGUCCAGAUGGGGCCACAGUGGCAUCAGCAGCAGCUGAUGAGACUCUACGGCUGUGGCGUUGCUUUGAGUUGGACCCUGCCCUGCGUAAGGAGAGGGAGAAAGCCAGUGUAGCUAAAAGUAGCCUUAUCCACCAAGGAAUCCGUUGAAAACAGACCCCUCUUGUUUUUUUGUUUUUGUUUUUUAUUUUUCUAAUAAAGCUAUUUCUUCCUUU